AUGAUUUUAACAUGUUUUGGAUCUCCAACAGGAUUUCGUUUUAUUUUUAAUGAUUUCACAAAAUGUAUUUUGAAAUAAAAGGUUGCAUUAUUGCACCGUGUUAACAUUAAUAAUCAUUUCCUAUGGCUAAAGAAGAAUUUUAAUGGUGUCAUUUUAAAUAAAUGUUUACUUCUUGACCUCAUGAAGAUAUUUUUAUAAUGA